AUGGAGAAUUCAACAGAGAUUGUGUCAUUUGUGUUGGCUAUGUAUGGGAACAUGGGACAUUUAAAAUACCUGUAUUUCACUCUGGCACUGCUAUUUUACGUAUCAGUUAUUUUAGCCAACACUGUUGUUAUUAUCAUUAUUUAUUUGGACAGAAAUUUGCAUGAGCCCAUGUAUCUAUUCCUGUGUAGUUUAUUCAUUAAUGAAAUAUAUGGCAGCACAUCUAUGCUGCCCUGUUUGAUGGUACAAAUUUUGUCAGAGGCUCAUGAAAUUUCUGCCUUUUACUGCUUCCUUCAAAUAUUUAACAUUCAUUCAUAUGUAGGUGUUGAAUUUGGAACAUUGACAAUGAUGGCAUAUGAUAGAUAUGUGUGCAUUUGUAAGCCUUUACAUUACAAUGCCAUAAUGACUAAAAGGAAAGUUCAGCAGGUGUCUUGCUAG